AUGAAAGUUUCUCCCAUUAUGCACCGGAAAGGGAGAGCGGAGAAAUCCGAGGCGAACCAAAGUGAUGGACGGACGCUUGAUGAAAUUUACAAUCAGCUGCAUGGUGAAAAUAACCAUGUUGCGAGGACUAAAUCUGAUACUAAACCGACAUCCGGGGAGAUACCGACUAAGCUUCCUUGGAAUAUGAAGAAAUCCGCUAGUGUAAAGUCCGCUUUUCGACAUUUUGAGGAAGAUGAUAUCGUUGAAACUCGACGGUCGACCACCGUGAGGGAAGGGAAAGAUAAAUCCACGGAGGAUGACGAGGAAAAUAAUGAAGUGGAUGCCAAAGCAGAUGAUUUCAUCAACAAGUUCAAGCAGCAGUUAAAGUUACAAAAGCUCGAUUCAAUCAUUAGGUACAAAGAGAUGGUUAAUAGAGGAAUUGAAAUAUGA